AUGGCUCUAGAAAUCCCUGGUGAUGCCACUGAGAGUUAUCUUUCAACACAGGACCGCACAGUGGGAAACAUUUUCCCCAUUACGCCCUCAUCUUCGACUGUACUCGCUUCAUCUCUUGGCGUCCAUGUGCCCACAAACGAGGCACCGCUCACAAAUCCACUAGCUUUCCAUACAAUAGACUGGGUUCCGGGUCCUAGUGGUACUCCCGUAUUUAUGGGAACGUCUUCCAAUUGGGCUUUCAACCGACGGGUCUUAUCUAUGACCCAUGAAGCAAUCACCGGCACUGCUUUAUCCCCAGAGAACCUAUUCUUUGACGGAAAGGUUUACGACUUGAGGUGGGAUGGAGGCCGAAUCUCAUCUUCAGGAGACGAUUUCAGCCUUGCCAGUUUGCCGACUCAGGAUUUUGCAAUCUAUCUGAUUAAUUCCGUCAAGUUUCACUGCUGCCGGUUGUUCUAUCUGUUUGAAGAGGACAGUUUCAUGGAGCACUUUGCCACAUUCCAUGCAAGUGCCGCGGAUCAGUCAAAAGUCCCCCGGCUGUGGUUCGUUCACUACCUCAUUAUCUUAGCAUUCGGCAAGGCGUUUAUCGUACAGACAUCAAAGUCACACCAACCUCCUGGAGCAGACCUGUUUGUGCAAGCUAUGAAGCUUAUGCCGGACUUCACCUUCUUCGAGUGUGACUACAUAGAAAGGAUGCAGGUUGGACAGGCGCUUAGCACAGCGUUCGAACAUGGCCUACAUACCGAGAUGCAGAGCCACCACCUAGACGAGACGUAUGUUCAGAGGUGCAGGCUAGUAUGGUGGACAAUAUAUGUCUUGGAGCGUCAAAUGUCAGCACUCAUGGGAGUGCCUAUGUUCAUCUCGGAUGAAUGCGUCUGCACACCGUUCCCCAUAUUUUACGAGCAAGCACAAAGAACCAGCGCUUUGCACAUACAGAUCAAGUUGGCGCAGGUACUGGGGCAGAUCCAUCAGACUGUUUAUGGCAUUGAAGGACAGCUCGACAGUCGCUACUUGGGUGCCACAAAGGCUGUUCUCCAAAGUAUAGCAGGCCUCGCUACCGACCUCCAUGCUGCAGUCGCCAUGUCUAUGGCUGCAGCUAUUGAGCCGACUCUGUUUCCCGACACAGCAGCGUGGUCUCAACGGGUGUUCCUCAUCCUCGAAGAAAUGAGCUCUCACGGUAACCAGGCCCUAGGUUUGGAGUUUGAGCAAAGCCUGGCGAUGGAGGCCGAGCUUAGCACAGACCUUCUGAUCGAUAUCGCUAACUCGCUGGAUCCUGAGAGCUUGAGCUGGGAUUUCCCCGUAGCUGAAGGCUAG